AUGAUACCUAACUUGAAUUUGCCAGAAAAUCAUAUUGCUUUAUUUUUAAAUAGCCAUCCUCAUGUUAAGAGGGAGUGUUUAGAAGAUAUAUCUUGUCAGUAUUUAAAUCAGGUGGACAAAAAAAGUUGCUGGGGCUAUGAAGAUGAUUGCAGAGAUGAAGAUGUGGUAAAACAUCACAGAUGCCACGAACCAGCGUGGGGUUUAUCAGGUAGAGAACAAGAAGAUUUUUUUUGGAAGACUGCUGAUUUUGGUUACAUAAAAAAGAAAAAAAAUCAAUUAGUUUCCAUUUGCCAAAGUAAUAAAAAGGAAGGCUCUUCACUAAAUUGCUCUAAACAUAUGAGGUAUUGUAAAGCCAGAAAUAUUUACAUCAAUUUAAAACAAGUCGACUUUGUCAACAGCAACAACAGAUUCAAAGAGGAUGUAUUCAAACCGGGAGAUUUGGGCGGCGAUUGUACUGUCAAUCAAACUCUGAUUAAAUCUAUGGGGUCUCAGAAGGGGGCACUAUCAUCGUGGUUCUCAGAGUUGAAGGAUUUCACCCAGUUAAACUUCAAUGCUAUGGAAUCCAAAGAUAGGUGUGACGCUUCCAUCAGAGAGCCCACUUUCUUCAUGAAACUUGAUGCAGGUAUAAACAUGUACCAUCACUUCUGUGAUUUCCUGAAUCUCUACGCCUCACAGCACAUCAACAGUUCAUUCGGCACCGAUGUUCAGAUUAUCAUCUGGGACACUUCAGACAUGUACUAUAUGGACAUCUUCGAAUCAACUUGGAAAGCUUUCAGUAACAAGCCGUUGCUGUAUCUCAAUGAUUUCGCUGGAAAAACUCUAUGCAUCGAAGACGCACUGUUCCCACUUCUACCGAGAAUGAUGUACGGACUCUAUUAUAACAUGCCUCUGAUACCAGGUUGUCAUGGUACGUCGUUAUUCAGAGCUUUUUCAGAACAUAUACUUCAUAGGUUAAAUAUCAGACGAGAUACUAAGGACCGUAAGAUUAGAAUUACAAUGAUAUCAAGGCAGACGAAGCAUAGGAGAGUGCUAAAUGAAGUUCAGUUGAUAACCGCCCUGAACAACCAGCCAGGCGUCGUAGCUACAUUGGUUGGAUAUUCACGUGAGAUGUCCUUCACGGAUCAAUUGAAAAUAACCCACAACACUGACAUUCUGAUUGGCAUGCAUGGGGCGGGUCUGACGCACUUGCUAUUCUUACCUAAUUGGGCUGCCGUUUUCGAACUGUAUAAUUGCGAAGACGAGGACUGUUAUUACGACCUAGCCAGACUCCGUGGUGUUAGGUAUUUCACAUGGACUGACGUGGCGAAACUACAUCAAGACGGCAUUGGCCAGCACCCUACAAUCUCAGACCACAAAAAAUUUGCCAACUACACAUUUGACGUCACGGAAUUUUUGAGAAUUGUCAAUCAGGCCGUUGGCUAUGUUAGAAAUCAUCCGGAAUAUAUAGAAGCUACUAAGAAUAAUUAUAAGAUUAAUAAUACUCACGGCGCAAGAGAUGAAAAAUUGAAGGUCGAUCUAUGA